CAUCAGGUGGCUGCUUAUCUCAGUGGAACUCCCAUCGUAUGGGUCAGCAAGCUUCGACUCGCCGCAUAACUGAUCAAAUGGUCACACAUUUAGGUUGUGAACGUCUUUCUUGAACUGACGCUUUAUGCAACAAAAUGGAAUAUCUGCUCCAGGUGAAAAUAGGCGCUCUGAUCGGCUUAUUGCUCUUAACUCUUCUUUUUGGAUUCAUCCCUGCUCGAAUCAAGUGGUUCAGAGACACAAACGGGACAGAAACCCACCGCACAGUGCUGAGUCUGAUCAGCUGUUUUGCCGGUGGUGUUUUCCUGGCAGCAUGUCUGCUGGACAUCAUUCCAGAUUAUCUGUCAGAUAUCAACACCGAGCUGGAUGCUCGGACGUUGGAGAUCAGUUUCCCCCUUCCGGAGUUCAUCAUGGCUGCUGGCUUCUUCAUGGUCCUCAUACUGGAGAGGAUUGUCCUGAACUGUCGAGAGAUCGGAGGAGCUCGUGAAGAGAGGGCGCCCCUCAUGCAUGACAACAGAAACGGCCACGGGCACGGACACGGACAUGGAACAAGCCCUGACCUGGAGAGCAGCGGCCACCAUGUCCAUGUUGACUUUCAGGCUCACUCCCCCUUUCGUUCCUUCAUGCUCUUCUUCUCCCUCUCGCUCCACUCGGUUUUCGAGGGUCUUGCUAUCGGCCUGCAGAGCACUGACUCAAAGGUGUUAGAGAUCUGCAUCGCCAUACUCGUCCACAAGAGCAUCAUAGUGUUCAGCCUGUCUGUGAAGCUGGUCCAGAGCGCAGUUCGUCCGUUGUGGGUGACCGCUUACAUCGGCGUGUUCGCCAUGAUGUCGCCCAUAGGCAUCGCCAUCGGCAUCAGCGUGAUGGAGGCUCAGCUCGCAUCCGGGGCGCUGAUCCAGGCCAUCCUGGAGGGGCUCGCCGCGGGGACGUUCGUUUACAUCACCUUUCUAGAGAUCCUCCCGCAUGAGCUGAACUCGCCCGGGAAGCAGCUGCUCAAGGUGCUCUUCAUCCUGCUGGGCUUCAGCGUCAUGGCGGCGCUGACGUUUCUGGGCUGAGACUGACGGCGGCCGUCGUUUCAGCCGGCGUGUCUGUCAGGGUCGGACCUGAAUGUGCCAAACGCUGCGGCUCGACAGGUGUGUGGGUGACUUACGUGCACGAAGACACGCUGUCUUCAUUAGAAAAGAAGAAGUAGGAUUGCUGGCACACUGUUACAUCCAGCUGUGGAGUUUUUAAUGUCAAAGAGAGCAUGUCAACAGAUUUUAUUGCUUCCAGUAUACUUUUAUGUUUCAUGAAAGAGCAGUUUGUGCAUAUAUAAUUUGUUUUUAAGAGGAUUUGAUGUAAAGAGGAAACACUUUUGGCACAAAGGAAAGAAGCGACAUAUCACAGAGUCCCUUCAUUCAUCACUGGCUUUGUUUUUUUUUUUUUUGUUUUUCAAACAUGCUUUGGACCUGCAAACAAGUCUCUGACCUUUGACACUGUUGAGGAAACCACUGGAAACAAAGGGGCUGUGUUAUAUGUGUAUGAAACCUUGCAGUUAGUUCAAUCAUGUCAUGACAUCCAUACCUCUUUAAGGUUUACAUUUUAUUUGAAACUAAUUCAAACAGGGAGCUUGUGCCUUCACUUUUGUUGAAGUGUUUCAUGUUGUUUCACGGUACGUUCUUCACUACAGGCUCAGCUAAGCUGGAUGGUUGGCCUUUGUAAAGUGUUAUUAAUGAUGUUUCCACUGACUAAGGUUUAAUUGAUUUUAAUACUGGUAUUUCAGUGCAAUGCUUUUAGAUGUAGAGUGUCCAGUUUUAGACUGCUUUUACUUGUCAUUCUGUAAUAGUUCGACAAUCAACAUGUCUUCCAUUUGUUCGGUACACUAGUGUAAAUGUAAACUGACUCCCCGAUGCCUUAUGAAGUCGUAUACCAAAAAAAAAAAAAACUGAGAAAUAUGUGGGAUUUGUCUAUAUUCUGUUUGCACUUUUCUAA